AAAAAUUUUAUCAUGAAAUCAUAAAAUCCAAUUCCAAAAGUAACAAAAAAUGUUUUCAUAAUCAAUUAAAAGUAUAUAAUUCUUUUUAGAGAUAUUAGAUCAAAUAUUAUUCAAGACAAUCCUAAUCGAUAAAACACACUAAGUAAAUAAGAAAACGAUUGUGAAUUAUAAAAAUAAAUCAAGAGUGCUGAAAUUCCAUAAGAACUAGAAUGUAUAUUAAGUUUAUUUUUAGAAAAAGCUCUUAAUAAUACUGAAGAACCAUAUUAGCGAAUAACUCUAUUAUAUUAAAAGAAUAGCAUCUAAUUAUAAGAAUACUAAAAUUAAAUAGUUGAAUUAAAGGAAAGAAUUUAGGCUAUCGAAUAAAAAUUUUUUAAUUUGGAAACAACAAAUAAGAAAAAAAAAAAGAGAAGAACUGCAGCUGAAAUUGAAAAAAAUUUUGAAGUUAAGUUAGAUUCCAUUUAUUUUUUUAGUGUCCGUAUAAAGAUUGUUAGAAGUAGUAUGGAUCUGAUGUUUCUUUAAAUUUACAUAUUAAAUUUAAACACAAUAGUGGAAGCAAAACUGAACAUCAAAAAAUAAUUGUAAUAUAAUUUUUAAUUAAAGAGAUAAUUACAAGCUGGAGAACUUGAUGAAAAAGAUAUUCAAAAAAUUAAUAUAUCAACUAAAUGA